AUGUAUUUCUACGAAUUAUUUUCUCAUUCGGAUCGAUUUAAUUAUCGUGCACACAUAAUAUCGAGUGCGACAUGUGUGUUGAUUCUCUGCACGGCACUAACGUUUCUCUCGCCGUUUCUACUAACUUUUUAUACGGGAGAUUUUUGGAUUGUGGAUUCUGUGUAUAGUGAACAACCAGAAAUUGGUAAUUACACGAAUUUCCUCCUGCAAGUCGAUAACGACGAUACUAGCAAUCGAUUUUUUCUCUCAUCAUACUCAACUCUGAACGGAAACUAUCAAUCAGAUCUUCUCUCGGCAAGCAGUGCUUUUGUUUCAAAUGAUAUAGAUGGUGAUGGUUUACUCGAUCAAUAUCGUGUAACAUUUGAUAUUCUAUUACCAAGUUCAACGACAAACGUUCGUAGCAUUAAUCUUUGGUUGAUAUUUGAAUAUAAAUUACGGCAAAAACAACAUAUUACAGCCGAGACCAUGGCAUUAGCUAAUUUCGUUCCACCUUCCACUCUUCAGCCUAGUAAUAAUCAAAAUGUAACCAUCUAUGGUCAGCUGGUACUCAAACAGAGAAAAGUUAUUCCAAAUUCUGGUGAAGAUUCAUCCUACAGUGAUGCAAUAAGUAAUUCAUUGAGUUCUUCAACAGUUCCUGACCUUGAUUCAAUCCUCAGUGACUAUUUUCUGCGAAACUAUUACACAUCAUUCGAAACACAAUAUACAUCGUUAACAACUCGAACGUCUACCACGACCGGACUAACUUUCACUGUGAUUAUGAAUGUUGGACGGCAAGCUAUUCAUUAUCAACCGGGAUUUUGGCAAGCAUUUAAAUGGGGCUGGAUUCAAUACAUCUGCACACUUUUACCAUUCCUAUUCGUAUUUUAUCGAUUGACAUUAUUUGUUUUCUCUAAUAAUUUGGUUCGAACAUGUGCUCCAUUACCAAUUCAUCGUCAUAAAGCAUGA